GGCCCGUGCUGACGGAUGGGCGGGUGAGGGCCAAGGGGCAAGCUGAGGCGCGGCGCCUUUGGCUGCCAUGGCUCAGGCUGCUGCAGCUGCCGGUAGGAAGGAGGAGCGACGCUACCCUGGACGUCUGAGGACGCCGCGCCGACCGCUCUGAAACGCCGGGGUAGACGGAGACGCCGAAGCUGGCGAUCCGGGCUCUGGCACUGGGAGCUUCUCCCGGGUUGCGGAGCUCGGCCGCCCCGAGCCCAGCCCAGCCCAAGAGGAUGAAGAAGCGCAAGGAGCUCAACGCUCUCAUCGGGCUGAGCAGCGGGAGUGGCGAGCGGGGCAGUGGGAGUGGCGGCGGCGGCGGCCGCAAGAAGAAGCACCCAAGGAAAGGCUCUGCCUCGGGCCACCGGCUCCUGCGCACCGAGUCCGCCGAGAGCAGCAGCAGCAGCUUUUCGGACCCGGAUUACGGCGACCGGUUCGGGCUCCCAGGCACCCGCUCACGCUUCGCAAAGAGUGACUACCUGCGGUGCUGCAAGUUUUGCUACCCAUUAUGUGCUUUCGUUAUUCUGGCUGCUUGUGUGGUAGCUUGUGUUGGUUUGGUAUGGAUGCAGGUUGCUCUCAAGGAAGACCUGGAUGCAUUAAAGGAAAGGUUUCGAACCAUGGAGUCUAAUCAAAAGUCUUCAAUCCAAGAAAUCCCUAGAUUGUCUGAAGAUCUGCUCAGUAAACAAAAGCACCUAGAGAAGAUUGAAAGUGGAGAUAAGGGGUUAAACAAAAUAUGGGUAAACAUCACUGAAAUAAGCAAACAGAUAUCUUUGUUGGUUUCAGCAGUAAAUCAUCUCAAAGCAAAUAUUAAGUCUGCUUCUGAUUUGAUAAGUCUUCCUCUCACAGUGGAAGAGCUCCAGAAAAGUGUUGCUACUAUAGGUAGCACCGUAACCAGUGUUCAUCACGAUGUUGAGACUCUGCAAGCAGCAAUUGAAGAGCAUAAGAAAACCAUAGAAACACUGCAAAGUGAUAUGAGUGAAAACACAAAAGAUGUUAGAGGAAAGCAGAUAUCUUCAGUUUCCACUUUUAUUUCUCAAAUAAGUGAAAAGAAUCUGACAGACAGCUGUAAACAGGAUAACCACUAUCUGCAUACCUCUCUAGAGGAGGUAAACUCAACUUUAAUAUUAUACCAGAAACAGAAUGAUUUAAAACUUUUCAGUAUGGAUUCAACAGUCAACAAUUUAAGUUGGAGAGUUUCCUUGUUAGAAAAUCAUAUGGAGGUUUUGAGUAAACUGGAGAAAAAAGAGAACCUGACCCUUGCUAUAGUGGAUGACUUAACCUCUGUGAAUGUAGAAAAUGAACCAAGAAACAAAACUACUACUGAAAAGAAGAUAGAAAAUGGUGAGUCUCAGGUGUCCAGACUGAGAGAGAAACUGCAGCUGAUCAAUGCUCUGACAAGCAAGCCAGAGAAUGACAAAUCUGAAGCAACUAAAAAAGGAAAACUCCAGAAUACCACAUCAAAGCCUACAAAACUUCCAAGACUUUCGUCAAGAUCAGUUGACAACAGUUUUGAGCAAAGUAGAUAUCCAUGAAGCUUGUUUUUACCAGAAAUAUCCAGCAUAGAUGGAAUUAUUCAAAAUCACCAACCAAGGCACUGAUGGCAUGUUCACAUAUGAGAAUCUGCAAAAUCUGGUUGGAGCUACACUGCAUGAUUCACAGAGCUUUAAGGAAUUUGAUGCAGAUGGAGAUGGGAAAUAUUCAUUACCAGGACUGAAAGUUGCUUUAGG